AUGUCGUUUUCUACCCAAACACCAACUAUUGUUGUGUUGAAAGAAGGGACUGAUGCAUCUCAAGGGAAGGGGCAAAUUAUUAAUAAUAUUAAUGCUUGUUUGGCCAUUCAAGAUACGCUCAAGCCAACGUUGGGUCCUUUUGGUUCAGAUAUUUUAAUUGUAGGAUCCAAUGGAAAAACUACCAUAUCGAAUGAUGGUGCCACAAUUUUAAAACUACUUGAUGUUGUCCAUCCUGCUGCUAAGAUGCUAGUUGAUAUAUCGCGUGCCCAAGAUGCCGAAGUUGGUGAUGGGACAACUUCAGUUAUUGUGAUUGCUGGUGAAGUCUUGAAAGAAAGUAAAGCAUUCUUAGAGGAUGGUAUUUCGUCACAUAUUAUAGCUAAGGGCUUGAGGAGAGCAUGCGACCUUGCCGUUAAAAAGAUACAAGAAGAUUCGAUUGAAAUAAAGUGCGAUAAUGAAACAGAGCUCAGAAGUUUGUUGGAAAAUUGUGCCACUACUGCCAUGUCCUCAAAAUUGAUAAGUAAAAACUCCUCUUUGUUCUCUAAAAUGGUAGUAGAUGCAGUUUUAAGCUUGGAUCAAAGUGAUCUCGACGAGAAGUUAAUUGGUAUUAAAAAAGUUCCGGGCGGUAGCAUGGAGGAUUCUCUUUUUAUAGACGGUGUCGCCUUCAAAAAAACAUUCUCAUAUGCUGGAUUUGAGCAACAGCCAAAGCUGUUCAAGAACCCUAAAAUAUUAAGUUUGAAUGUUGAAUUAGAAUUAAAGGCAGAAAAAGAUAAUGCAGAAGUUAGGGUUGAACAAGUUAAGGACUAUCAAGACAUUGUUGAUGCUGAAUGGCAAAUAAUCUUCUCCAAGCUCGAAGCUAUCAAGGAUUCAGGUGCUAACAUUGUCUUAUCGAAACUCCCAAUUGGUGAUCUUGCGACUCAAUAUUUUGCUGAUCGAAAUAUAUUCUGCGCCGGAAGAGUUGCCUCAGAAGACUUGGACAGAGUUAUCAAAGCCGUUGGAGGAAGCAUUCAGUCUACAUGCUCAAACAUCAAGCCACACGAUUUGGGCACAUCUGCUUCAUUUGAAGAGGUGCAAAUUGGAUCUGAAAGAUACAAUUUAUUUAAAGGGUGUCCUCAAGCCAAAACUUGCACAUUAAUAUUAAGAGGUGGAGCCGAGCAGGUCAUCGCAGAAGUGGAAAGAUCUCUUCACGAUGCAAUCAUGAUUGUGAAGAGAGCACUCACUCACAAUAGAAUUGUUGCUGGUGGUGGAGCAGUUGAAAUGGAAAUCUCUAGAUAUUUGAGGGACUAUGCAAAGACUGUAGCAGGAAAACAGCAAUUGAUUAUAGCUGCCUUUGCAAGAGCCUUGGAGGUGAUACCUAGACAACUUUGCGAUAAUGCGGGACUCGAUGGGAUCGAGCUUUUGAAUAUGUUGAGAAGUUCUCACGCAAAAGGUGAGAAGUGGUAUGGCAUUGACUUUCAAAAGGAGUCUGUUGGUAACAAUAUGAAGAGUUUUAUUUGGGAACCAGCUCUCGUGAAAAUCAACGCUAUUCAGUCUGCUACCGAAGCAGCUAUGUUACUUCUUUCAGUUGAUGAAACCAUCAGAAACGAUGAGCCUGAAGAUAACGGUGGUGGACGCGGUAGAGGUGCUUAUUAA